GCCUGGCUACAGGUGCCUCCUGGUCUCAGCAUGGCGCUGCUCUGGGCUCUUGCUGUCCUGAGCCUCCUUCCUCUGCUGGACGCCCAGAACCCUGAGUGCGCCAACUUGACAGCAGUGGCAGCCAUCACCAAUGCCACCCUGGACAAGCUCUCUGGCAAGUGGUUUUAUAUCGGCUCGGCCUUCCGGAACCCAGAGUACAAUGAGACGGCUAGAUUGAUCCAGGCAGGUUUCUUUUACUUUGAGCCCAAGCACGCGGAGGACAAGAUAAUUCUGAGACAGUACCAGACCAUAGGGAACAAGUGCAUCUACAACUUCACCUCCCUGACGGUCUAUCGUGAGAAUGGGACCAUGUCUGUGUUUGAGUCGGGCAGAGAACACUUUGCUGACCUGCUGCUCACCAAGCACCCCAAGACCUUCAUGCUUGCCGCCUCUUGGAAGGGCAAGAAGAACAUGGGGCUGUCCUUCUACGCUGACAAGCCGGAGGUGACCCAGGAGGAGAAGAAGGAGUUCCUUGAUACGAUCAAGUGCAUAGGCAUACACGAGUCAGAAAUCAUAUACAUCGAUGAGAAAAAGGAUCAGUGUGGGCCACUGCAUAAGCAGCACGAGGAGGAAAGGAAGAAGGAAAAGGAAGAGUCCUAGCAUUGGAUCAGGACCUUGGGGACUCUGGGGGCCCAUCCGCAGCCCCUGCUCACCCUGUGUAGCUCAGCUCUUUCCCUCGGUUGCAUCAAUAAAG